ACCCGCCAUAGAUGCGGAAACGGAACCAGUCUACUUUUUUGAAACGAUAACUUUUCAAAUAACUAUCAGUAAAUUGACGGCGUUUAUCAUCGGAUUGUCCGACGGACUUGGCCAAUAAAAUGAAACCUACGCGCGGUAAAACGCCAAGGAAAGCUCCAAAAAAGAGCAAGCCAACAGAUCCUGUCGAGGUUUAUUGCCGGCUAAGACCGAUUCACGAAAGCAUUCCUCGAUGCUGUCGAUUCAUAUCAGAAGAAAUUCUACAACUUACUCCAAGUGAAAAUGCUAUAGCUAGAAAUGGCGAUACGAAAGAGACUCAGUAUUCUUUUAGCCGUGUAUUCGAUGAAUAUACCGGUCAGAAAUCCAUUUUCGAUUACGUUGCUCUACCUUUGGUUGACGAUGUCAUACAUGGAAAAAAUGCACUACUUUUUGCUUAUGGAGUCACAUCAUCUGGAAAAACUUACACAAUGGAUGGAAUUUCGUCUGAGCAAGGCAUUUUACCUAACUGUCUUGAUGUAAUUUUUAACUCAAUUGGUCAUUUACAAGCAAAACGAUAUGUAUUUAGGCCUGAUAAAAUGAAUGGAUUUGAUGUGCAAUCCGAGGCAGAUGCAAUGAUGGAAAGACAACAAAGAGAUAUUUUACCAAAGAUAUCACAAAAAAAUAAAGAAACUAUGAGUGAUCACAUGAAAAACAAUAAUAGAGAUAAAAACAUGACUAAAAUAGCCGAAGUUGAUGAGGACAAUGUGUAUGCAGUAUUUGUAUCUUAUAUAGAGCUGUAUAACAACUAUGUGUAUGAUCUUUUGGAAGAACAAACUUAUGAUCCAAUUACUGGUUUUAGACCUCCUCAAAGCAAGGUUCUCAGAGAAGAUGCCGAUCAUAAUAUGUAUGUGUCUGGAUGUGUUGAAGUACUAGUAAAUAGUGCUGUGGAGGCAUUCGAUGUUUUAGAACGCGGAAAGAAACGCAGAAGAGUUGCUCAUACUCAAUUAAAUGCGGAAUCUAGUAGAAGUCACAGUGUUUUUAACAUUAGAAUUGUUCAAAGUCCCUUGGAUCCAACUGGGCGUGAGGCUAUUCAAGAUAAAAGUCAAAUUGCCACCAGUCAAUUAUCAUUAGUUGAUUUGGCUGGUAGUGAAAGAACAGCUCGAACUGGAAAUCAAGGAGAUCGUUUAAAAGAAGCUAGUCUCAUAAAUCAAUCUCUUAUGACAUUAAGAAUUUGUAUGGAAAAACUUAGAGAAAAUCAGCUGAAUGAUUCGAAACAAAUGGUGCCGUAUCGUGAUUCAAAAUUGACACAUCUUUUUAAAAACUACUUUGACGGUGAAGGUAAAGUGAGAAUGGUUGUCUGCGUAAAUCCAGACGUACAGGAUUAUGACGAGAUAUUGCAAGUUAUGAGGUUUGCUCAAACCGCUAAAGACGUUCAAAUAACAAGACCAGAACAAGUUAAAUUUAACGUACACACGCCUGGACGCAGAAAGUUGGGACAAUUACCAUCGGACGAAGGGACAUCAACAGAGACUCUUACCUCCAGUAGCUCUACUCAAUCAAUUAAUCCUCCUCCAUUGGUACCUUGCAUGAAAAUGGCUGAUAUUCGCGAUUCAGCGACGAACAAAGAACUGAUAAUGAUCUUAAAAGCCAGUCGCAAAUGGUUUAACCAAUGUACAAUGUCUGUAGAUAUUGGAAGAUCUCAUUUUAGAGAUAGAUUAAGCAAGCUGGAAAGUCGUCAUGCAGACUUGGUUGAAACGAAAGAAAAUAAUCAUUCUAGGAUGGCAACAAAAGAAGCCCAACUGAAGAAAUUUGAACAACGAAUGAAAAAAAUGAAGGAAAAUAACGCUGCUCUUCAACAUCAAAAUGCACAAUUGGCUCAAGAGAAGAGAGAAGCAGAAAAUGAGCGAAAAAAAAAGAGGAAAAAAGAAACAAGUACAGAGUAUAAGCGAUCCAAAUCAGCUGGAAACAAAAAUCGUAGCAGUUUCUUCAAACCUCUAUAUAGAAGUUAUAGCGAUACAGGAUUAGAUGACGAAAACUGGAACAGCAGUACAUCAUAUCAAGAAAGACAAGAGAAAUUUUCAAGUUAUAAUAAAUAUCUAUCUACGGAAGAAGAAACUACGUCUGAAAGUUUUAGAACUAGAAGAAAAACUAGUAGUGUUCAUUAUUCCAGCUAUACGCCUAGAAUGUUUAGUCCGAUUGACUCUGAUAUUUCCGAUACCGAUAGAGAAAAUUUGAUUAACUAUAGAAAAGAAGUAAAAAUGUCUCAAAAGAGAAGAAAAAAUAUUGGAAAUCCAACUCCUUUAAAAGGUAAACUGAGUGAGGAUGAAAUAAAUGAUUCCUCUGAAACAGUACUUUAUAGAAUGGCUAGCGAAAGCGAUUAUGAUAUUCGAAAAACUUCACUGAGGUCUCGAAGAGAUUUAUUUGAGGUGGAAAAAGAAAAGAGGAAAAGUAGUAAUAGAACCAGAAAGGUUAAAAAGAGAUCGGAAAUUAUCGGAGAAUCGGAUCAUGUAAAAGAAUAUGAGCACUUUAGAGAGUCUGAACAAUCAAAAGAAUCGGAAUUUUCCAAAGAUUCUGAGAUUUCAAGAGAUUCCAAUUUGUCAGAAGACUCACAAGUUAUGGGAGAGGUGGGACGUUCAAGAAAGUCUGGACGUAAAAAGAAAUCGCAGCGUUCUAGACGUACCAAACAAUCAGAACGUUCAAGACACUUGGAGCGAACAAGACAGUCAGGGCGAACAAAGCAAACAGAGCGUAAUAGAGAGUUUAGGCGUACGAGACAGUCGGAACAUGCUAGAGAUUCCGAAAGUUUAGGAGAGUGUGACAGUACAGAAGAGUCACAUAAUAUAAGACAGAGAGGAGAUCGAGGUGCAGCAGGAUUUAUGAGAGAGUCAGUUGAUAGGAGGGAAUCAGGGCGUAUGAGAGAGUUAGCAGGUGCAAGAGAGGGCGGACGUAUGAAAGAAUCGGGAUAUAUAAGAGAUUCAGGAGACACAAGGGAAGGAAGACGUAUGAAAGAGUCGGAAUAUAUAAGAGAUUCAGGAGAUACAGGGGAAGGAGGAUGUAUAGAAGAGUCGGGAUAUAAAAGAGAUUCAGGAAAUACAAGGGAAGGAGGACGUAUGAAAGAAUCGGGUUGUACAAGAGAGUCAGGAGAUAAGAAAGAAUCAAGACAUUCGAGAGGGUCAGGUGGUAGGAGAGUUACAAGAGGGCAGAAAGGCAAGACAGAUUUAGAGGAGAGAAGGGAGUUAUCUGGCAACAAAGAAUCAGGAGAAAGGAAAAAAUCAGGAACUAGAAAAGAACGGAGAGGUAGAAAAGAAACAGGAAAUUUUAAGCAAUCGGUGAUCACAAAAGAAGAUCUCGCUCUCAGUGAGUUUGAAGAUAUGGAUGGAACAGUAAUGAAAGCAACAGGUUGUGUUCGUGGGGUGGGUGUAAUGCAAGAAGCAAGAUGUGUAAAGGAAACUGGUGUAAUUAAAGAAGCGGGUGGUCUGAAAGGAAAGGGAGCAAAAAGAGAUAUAUCUGAUUUAAGGGAAACAAGAUCAGCUAGAGGAUUGAGAGCCAUGAAAGAAACAGAUACAGAGAGCGUUACUAGUACUACUAGUGUUCAUGAGCUUAAAAAGCAUUUUGAAACGAAAGGGUAUUGUAAACCGACUAAAGCCACUACACUUAAAAAAAAAGAUCAAACACGAAUUAAGAGUAAGUUAAGACAAGUCAUCGAAAAUGAAUCAUCGAAUGUCGACUAUACACCAAACGUUAAACCAUCACAUUGGAGAAUGAAGAAGGAAGUACCUAGAUCUGCACCACAUAUCAAUCCAGCUAGGUCAGAACCAGAUUUGACUGGAUCCACCAGAUUGCAUAGAUAUCCUGUUGCGACCCCUUCGCGGCAUGCAAGAUCUCCUCCUCCAACGAAACCAAAACCACCAAGUGGUAGUGUAAGUAGGAUGCAUCGUAGGUCUAAAUCUACAGAUACAUGGAUAGACCAUAAACCAGCGUGUAUUGUCGAAACUACAACGGUUAUGCAACCUGUUAUCAAAAAGAGAAAAUCUGUUACAAAUUUAUCCGAAAAAGAUCUCAAAGCAGAUAAAUAUGCCCUAACCCACCAAGAUCUUGACUCUGAUGGCGAUAUAAGAACGAAAUUAGUAAAGGGUGAUAUUGUUCGUACUCGUUCCGGUGGAAAGGCGGUUGUUUUCAAUGAAGUUGAAAAUAUUACUCAAAAAUCACCCGGUAAUCGUAAACGUCGAUCAAAUCAAGAAGAGAAUCAAGGAAUUGUCGACAUCCAAGAUUUGGAAGAUAGAUGCCAUAUCGGUAUAGAGGGACACGAUAUGCGUAGAAAGAGAUCGAAAGCCUCGCAAGUUUAAGUUUUCAAGUCUUAUACCCUACAUGCUGAUUUUUUUUCCUUCUACAUUUUUUUCUCCUUCUCUUUGGCUAUUUUUUAUUAUUAUUAGAAUUAGUCCUUUUUUCUGUGGCUUUUUUCUUACUUUUUUUGUUCAGAGGUUAAUUUUUCUUUUAUACCUCAUCUACUAUAGUUUUGAUUUAAGAACAACUCCAUUCAGUCAUCUUUUUGUCAACGAAUGAACAUAUUCAAUCAACUUUAAAAGUUAAAAAAUGCAAUUCUUAGUCAUUUAUUAAACAAAACGUAUUUUUAUUGAAGUUGAUCAUGCAUUUUCCAAAUUCUGGACGUUUCCGAAGAUAUCAAAAUAAUCACUUUCUCCAUAUCAAAAAAAACAUAUCUAAUUGAGUACAGAAAUGAUGUAAUAAUUUUAUUGAUCAUUAUUUAUUGUUUGUUUUGUACUGAUAACUGCGUUCCUUGUUGUAAUAGAAGAGGAGAAAUUAAAAUUACUAAACAUAUUAGAUAAAACAAGUGCUUUGUGUUAUAUUGUUAGGAAUUUGUAUUACAUAACUUGUAGAAUAUCUUUAUUUUUCACUUCCGUAAACAUAUUAUAUGCGAAAUACUAAGUUUAGGUUUAGUACAUCAAGACAAAUAGUUUUUUUCUGGUAUUCACAUCCACUUUUAUCCACAGUCCAUUUAGUAAAUUAAGAAAAAUUUUCUCAUUACGAUCGCAGAGAGCGGAAAGCUUUCUUAAGAUAAUUUAAACUUCACUAUGAGAAUGCGUCUGCAAAGAGACGAAGUUUGGCCUUGAGCUAAACGAAGAAAAAAAUAGUCUAUUGUCAAGAAGAUCCAAUAUAUAAGAGUCGUUUUGCCUUUAAUAUCAAUAACAGGAUAUGUACUGUUUUCUAUGGGCUAUUUACACAUAACAUUUGUCAUCUAAAUCGGAUCAAUGAGCUAUUAUUGCAGAAGAAAGUAAACUUUUCUUAUUAAUUAAAUAUGUAUUAACAACUUUUUUCGAGAAGAAAGCUACGUUUAAAACUACAUGAGAAACAUUUAACUCUAAAUGCCAUUGGUUAUAAGAGAUACAAACAAAACGUACCUCCUAAAGUUUUAUACAUUUAUUACUAUCAUUGCGUGACAUAAACUUUUUAUAGUGUAGUUAUAUAUAGCAGGUAAGAUUUUUCCUGGAACUAAUUUACUCCUAUUAAGUAUUAAAUUCUCCAGUAUAAAGUAACAAUUUCUUUUAGGUGAAAGAUAUAUUAUAUAUAAAUAUUAUAUAUUAACAUCAAAUCUGUAAUCGAUAUGUUUUUUUUUUCAGUGAUAUUUCGAUUAGUCGUUUAGUUUUAAAGGCGUAAUAUCGUACAACAUUCUACGUUGAUUGGUUGAAACUUCGAACCAAUGUUAAAGCUAUGUAACUUCGGACUCGCUUUCAAUAAACUAGAAAUAUAUUCAACAUGUAUAUCUUCAAUUACAAGAUAUUAAAUAUAUUAACUAUACUUUUACUUUAAUGCUAGGAUAGGAAUUUGGUUACUUGAUUAACCAACAGGGCUUUUGAACUAUUCUCCGUAUAAGGAAAGCUAUAACGCACAUCAUUCUUCAUCUCUCGUCGGAGGCAUUUUUCAAAUUAAAAUAUUUCUGUUAUCUUCGAUUAUAGAACUCUCACUUUCGUAUUUUUAUAGAAUUCCGAAAUAUUAAUAUUUUAACGAAAUAUCUAGAGAGUCUUUGUUCUUUUUUUUUACUGUUAUAUUCUUUUUGAUCUUUCUAUUUUAGACUUUGAAU